CCACCCAGGCGCCCCUAUAAUUAAUUUUUUAAAAAGUCUUUAUUUAUUAUUUUUCAAGCAGUUUUAGGUUCAUACCAAAAUUAAGAGGAAGGUACAGAGAUUCCAUAUACUCCCUGUCCUCAACACAUGCAAAGCCUCCCCGAUUAUCAACAUCCUCAACUGGAGUAGUAAUUUGUUACAGUUGACAAACUUGGACUGACACAUCAUAAUCAUCCAAAAGUCUGUAGUUUAUGUUAAAGUUCACUGUUGGUGUUGUACAUUCUAUGGGUUUGGACCAAUAUUUUCUGUUUUAAAUAUCAAAAGGUACUAAAAAAAUCAAAAAACGUAUUUGGUGCUUAUUAUGAACAGAAAUAAAUCAGGAUUGAUGUAUUUCAAGUUUACAUCAGUUAAAUUCUUUUGAAGUUUUUGAUUUUUUAAUUUUUUAAAAUUUUUAUGAAGUUUUAAUUUUUUUAGGCAAUUAUUUCACCAGGACAAUACCUGCACAUUAGCUUUGAGUUUAAUCAGAAUUGCUCUUCCAUAUAGUGAAACACCUGUGAACAUUUGUAGAAUAUUUGAAGUUCCUCAUCCAUUGGUAGGUGGGAAUCUUAUAAGGAUUCAAAUUAAUUUUAUUGUAUCCUAUCUUUAAAAAUUAAUCAUUCUUUUGCAUUUAAAUUCGCCCUCUUGUGCUUAGUACAUACAAAACACCCUGGAUGCUUUGUUUACCCACUAUCCGAAAUAAAGAGGACUUUAGCAGAUUUAGAUUUUCUAUGUAAAAGGCGCUUAGGAACAACAGUUUGACUAGAAGACAUAACCUUCUAACGUACCCUUAUACAGCAAUCAUGCUGUUUUUAUUUACUUUAUUUUUUUCAUGUAGAUGAGGGGCAUUGGGCCAGAUUUGGGAGGAGGCAGAUAAAUGUUGAGGAGACCCAAAAGCACUGCCAAGCCUCUUCUCACUGCAGCUACUGGCUGCAUAUCCAGCAUACAGUAUUUAAAACGAAUCAUUACCAUGUCCUUUAUCAUUGUAUUUUAAAGCUAACAAAAGUCUUUCACGCAUCAUUGCAUCUAUUCGUUGGAAACUAAACACAAACGUGGUGAAGGAGGGGAAAAGAAUGUGGAAUUGCAUUUAUAGGUCCUGAUUGGCUAAGCCCUGGUCAGCAGCUAAAAGAGCAUACUUCCGGCUCUAAAAGUGAAUUCCACAGCGUCCUUAGCAACUAGUCUCGAUCCCCAGCGACCCCGAGCACCACGUUGCAGAUGAACUGCCAAGCACCCAGGCAGCUUGCUGGAGCCAUUGUAGGAGCUGAAACAUAUAUCUCCAAUGUGUAAAGACUUUUUGUUUUGCUGCCCCACAUAAAUCUUUAGAUUCAAGGUUUAUGAUCUGUGACUAUGCCUGUCAACAAAUCACCCAUGAUUAGUAAAUUAGCAGUGAUAUCUUCCUCUUAUCAUGAAAAACUCUUGACGUUGAAUUUUCAAAAUUUAAGGAAAAGAAGGAGUAAUAAAUCAAAGCCAUCAUUUUCAAUCACAAAAGAAUUCAUCUUGAGAUCCAACGAAACAAAAAAUCCAAAAGAGAAGGAAGAAUUGUUGGACCUAGCUAGAAAAAAUAUCCUCAGAUGUAAGAGAAAAUUGGGUCUCAAAACCUUGGGCUCUGGGAAGCAUGUUCAUCUUCCUACUGCAUGGACGGAAGUAAUAUAUCUGGCUCAAUGCAAAGGAGAAAUCCAAGAUGAAGCUUUAAAUAUGCUUUAUGCUUCCCUGGACCAUGCUUCCUUUGAUUAUGAUCAUCUGCCUGCAUUAUUUUUUGUUGCGGAAUCAGUUUUAUAUAGACUCUGUUGUGAUGCAUUCCAAAAGGCAUACUUAUAUUCAAUUGAAAUAAAGCUGGCAAAGAUUGGCUAUUUGGUCUUUUUACGACUUUUUAUAUAUUUCCUGCAUGGUCACCUAGGAACUUUUAAACAACAUUUACUUAGGCUUCAACCAUAUUUAUACGCACUUUCUUUCUCUGGAGGGUCAUAUUACAAGUAUCCAAACAUCUUGUCAAAUAUGCAAUUCAUUCUGAAAACCAUGGAAAUAAUAUGUAAAAGAGAACUCCCUUCUGGAUCAAUUUUUAACCCUGUCGAAAACAAGAAAAGCUAUAAGAACAUAGAUUUGGAUAUGGAACAUUUGCCAGUUAAUCAGGGAGGGCACGAAGUUAACCACCUGCUCUGGCACUGUGUGGCUGCCUGGUCAUGUGUUCAGAAGAAUAGUCCUCAGUUGAAUAAGGUGCUUGAACAUCUCAUCUUUCAUAAAGUGCAGCUUCAAAAGAAAUGCUGGUUGGAUUCAACACUGGCUUUGCUGGUCCUUGGGGAGGCUGCCAAAUUAAACAUGGCCUGCUUGAAAGCUUUAAUGGAAUUAAUGAGAGAUUUUCUUUUAAGCGUUAUGUCUGUUCAAAAUCAGGAAGAAAGCUGCAAGGUAGAUGAUGUUUCCUGGGCCUGGAAUGUUGUCUACAUAUACACAACAAUUCUUGCAGAAAUUUGCUUGUAUGCAGCCACUUCUAAUUUGCGAAAAACUGCUUUUAUUGGUUUCUGUGUCUGUACAAGAUCACAAAAAGAAAUUUUACUCAUGGAUAAAUCAGAAGAACCACCUAAAUUGAAGGAAGCAAGUAUUUUAGGUCUUUUGGACUAUUUCUCUUCAAAAAUGUCAGAUAAUUGUAAUCCAGUGAUAUGGAUUGGAUACUAUGGCUUAGUGUAUAACCUGGUGAAAAUGUCAUGGGAACUUCGGGGAGAUGAUGAGCAGGAUGGAUUUAGAAACAAAAUAUUGCAAACAUUACAGAAGACCAAGGAUCAUGAGAAAGACAGGCGAAUCCAUAAUGCAGUAAAUAUAGCUCAGGCUGAGUUAAAUGACCCGACUGAUCCCUUCACUAAUUAUAGUGCAAAAGUCUCAUCAAAUGUAGGGGAUGAAAUUUUCUCUAAAUAUAUAGGAUGGAGAAUUGCCACUGCUCUUUCCAAACUAUUUUUCCCCUCCACCGAUGCCUACGUUCUUCCUUUGAAAAAACCAUUGACAAAACAGGAUCAAAUGAAAUACCUGAACAAAAAGGAUUCCGUGAAGAGGAGAGUUGUACAUGUUACUAUAAGGGAACAUCCUUCUUUAUCAGAACUUCCCAUGUUUUCUUAUCCGGAUUUCUUCACCAGAGCUGAUGAAGAAUUGGCAAGAAUCAUUGACCAUCAUUGGCAGGAAGAGCUAAAGAUCCGACGGAAAGAAGACGCAAUAUGUGAGGCCCAAGAACGUAAAGACAAAGAGUUAGAGGAAAAAAAUCACUUCAGAGAAAUUAUGAAGAGAAGAGAAGAGAAACUACACAAGCAAACCAAACCCUACGAGCUUCCUCCUAGGACUGAAGUAAUUUCAUUAGAAAUGAAAUGACCCCCCCCACCCCCGCCCCAAAUUGAAGUCCAUAAUGCCAGAAAUUCAUUGCAUGAAAGAGAUCAAGAUAGCUAGAUAUUAGGAAAAAUUUCUUCUAAUUAAUUGGAAGCCAUUUCUUAGGAGUUGUUAUCCUGGUGUAGACUCUUUAAUAGUUCUAUCUUAGUCCUAAAUUAGCAGCUCUUAAUCACAUUUGAGUGAAGUGAUUUUAUUAGUUAAACUUUUUCAAGAACACGGCUAGAGCUUUUCCUAAUUGACUUUUUUCUUGUGAUCAUAUAGCAUAUUUAAUCCAUGAUUCUCAGAGUAUUGAUUUUUCACCGGACGGUUAGAUGGAAGUGAAUUACAAAUUAUUAGUCACAUUUAAGGAUUAUUUCUUGAAAACAGAAUGAGCACCAACUGAUACCCCUAUAUUACUUAUUAUACAAAUAAAAGAAGUAAGGCACUUGCUUGGA